AAGCCAUUCCCUCAUUCAUACGGUUUGAAGAUUGGAACCCUAAAAUCGAGGUUUGAGUUUUGUGCACCAAACCGGAGACCAGGCCUCUCUCACUCUUUCUUAUUUCUCUCAAAACUCUCAUAAGUGUCUCUUUCUCUGAAGCUCCUUAGCGGUCUGUCUCUAGGAUUUGGGGGCAAUGUCUAGAUGGGAGAGUCGCGAUUCACAGUCCAAGCGCCUGCAUUCCAGGGUAGAGAGGCACUCCAGCCCAAACAGAUUGAAACGAGAUAGGAAGCCAGCAACAGAGAGGGAGCACUUUGGUCUCACCGAUCACGAUCAUAGGUACAGGAGGCGAUUGCAAGAUGCAUUACCACUUGAGGCUCCAUUAGAGGCACCUGAGUCCAAGAUAUCAUCAUCUUCAGCCGCUGCAAAUGAAGUAUCAAAUGAGGUCUUUGAGAAACCUGAUACUUUGAAACCAGGAUCCAACUUAACUGAAGUACCUCGGUCACUGUCUUAUUUUCAGCAUGAUGAGCGUGGCACCCCGGGUCAAGGUGGCCGAUCCCUUGGUCAUAGAAAUCAAGGUAAGGGGGGUGAUUCGAGGGAUCGGUUUAGAGAGCGUUCAGGAGUCAAGGUGGUCGCUCAUGGGCAAAGUGAUGAGAGGAUUCAACCCAAGCGAAAUGACAUGGGGGCCUGGCGGCAUGAUGGAUUUUUUGAACUUGAAUCCGAGGCACCCCCUGUGAAAAAAAGGCCAGCAUUUAGAGAGAGAAAGCCACUACCUGAAACAGAGAACCCUGUUCCUGAAGUCCCUGCUUCUGUUCCUGAAGUCCCUGCAUCUGAUAAUCUCAAUCGCUCUAAUAGGUCUGCUUUGAACAGUUCCAAGCGGGAGGAGAGAGAAGGAGACCAAUACCUACAUGGGAGACCCACCACUGAUUUUGUGAGAGAAAGGUUUGCACGGGUGGGCGACCGGCCUUAUGUGAAAGAUGAUGGACAGAGAGAGGGGUUUCAGCACAGGGAAAGGUAUGCGUCUGGGGGUAGCAGCAGGGGAAGAGAGAGAUUCAACGGAAGAUACAACGCAGGAGACAGAAACCGUUAUAGGGCAAGUGCUUCACGAGGAGAGAAGUGGAAGCAUGAUCUCUUCUAUGAAGCUAACAGGAGCCCAACACCAAAGAAUGAAGAGGAUCACAUUGCUAAGGUUGCCAUUCCAUAGAGAGGUGCCUACUUUUGGGAGAAUAUUUGGUAAAGAGUGUAUAUAACUAGGGCUGCUAACGGGCCGACCAAGACUGACCCGAGGCCCAGAUAAGGCCGGCCCAGAAAGUGUCCAUGAAAAGCCCGACUUGGCAUGGAAAUGUAACAGUAAAGACUGGGCUGGCCCGGCCUGUUGAGAUCAUUGGGCUGGACUGUAUUCAGAAGCCCCCAUUUUCUUUUCUUU